CUCCAGGUUUUGUUUUCUUUUGUAAUGACAACCUACAUUAGGUAUUAGUCGUGGUGACGGUGUUGUCGCCAAGUAGCAACAACGAAGAGAUCAAGAAGAUCAGCAUCGGGUUCUUGAAGGUUAGGAGAUUGUUGCGUCUUUCCAUUCGUCUCCCCCUCCAGAAAGAAUGCGAACAUGCAACAUACUAUGUUGUUUAUGCAACAUAUAUAUUAUUGACUACCUCACGGUUAUCUUUGGGGUUUUUACUGUUGGGACUGCGCGUGCCCUCACCCCAACCCCGCAUUAGUAUGAUAUUGUCCGCUCUGGGCCAAGCCCUCACGGAUUUGUUUUUGGGCACCUCCCAAAAGGCCUCAUACUAAUGGGGUUGGGUGAACCUAUAUAUUUUGGUCCAUUUUUACUUCUCCCUCCGGUGUGGGACUUGGAGGAAUCCCAACAAACCUCCCCUCAUCCAAGGACCACACAACUUCCGACCUCCCCUCCAGCGGUAAUCCCUUUUUUUUUCUCUUUAUCUGCUAACCAUCUUGCACCGCCGCACACUCUUUGCGGGACACGCCGCCCGACCUCCUGUCGGGAAGACUUUCGACGCAAGGCUCGAACCGCAGAUCUUUCCUUCGCUGGGCUACACCAUUUGAUCCACCAAAUCAUCUUGUACCGCCGUGGCUAUAACUUCACGGGACACGCCGCCCGACCUCCUCUCGUCGGGAAGACUUUCGACACAAGGCACCACCUGCAGAUCCUCUUUCUUGGUCUUGGUCCUAGUUACACCGUCACACCGAGAUUUUUUCCACACUGCACAGUCCGCUACUCCCGCCCGCAAGAACCUGGGCUCCGAUACCACAUGUUGGGACUGCGCGUGCCCUCACCCCAACCCCGCAUUAGUAUGAUAUUGUCCGCUCUGGGCCAAGCCCUCACGGAUUUGUUUUUGGGCACCUCCCAAAAGGCCUCAUACUAAUGGGGUUGGGUGAACAUAUAUAUUUUGGUCCAUUUUUACUUCUCCCUCCGGCCAAUGUUUGGUUCUCUUGCGAUGGACUAUGGGGAACUCUCUCUCUUAGAAGGAUAUAAAAUAUCGAUCAACCACGUUUGGUCCGACAUUGUUUGUUGUGUUGCUCUCGUUGAGCGCAAGAUUAAAUUGCUACGUGUGCAUUCCAAGCUUAUUAGAAAGAAAAAAAUGCAUGAGGUUGUCAGCUCGGUUCGGGCAAAUAAAAACUGGAAAAAAUGACGCCUUUGAGACAUUCUACGACAUAACAAAACCAUCUAAAAUAUAAUAUAUGUAUUACCACAUACACCAGCUCAUAACAAAGGUAGUGUGAUGUGAAUCAAAAGUGGCAAAGAAGUACAGGUGUAACCUGAUGGAAGUUCUUUGUUAUUUACUCAUUUAUAUAUGCAUUGUUGUUUGAAUAUAACAAUCCACAUUUA